UAUUAAUUUUUCCUGUUAAUUCGAACAUUUUGACCUACUUGAUAUACACCCCUUUUUCAUAUAUUCGCCACAACUCGCGGCAAUGUCUUACAUCGAAGAGAACGCACCAAAGUCGAUUCUCGACCAGGACCUGUACAAGUUCUGCAUGCAGCAGGCUGUUCUCGAGCACUACCCGGAUGCCCACGUCGAAUAUGGAUUCAUUAACCGAGAUAAGACAGCAACCUACAACCGCGCGUCUGCUGACUGGCUACAGUUGCGCAUUGCCGAUUUGUCCGAGAUAACUGCCACUCCGGCCGACCUGGAGUACCUGCGCACGACCUGUCCUUAUCUGUCAGCGGAGUAUCUAGAAUACCUGUCGACGUACAAGUUUAACCCCUCAUCCGAGGUCGCCUGCUCGCUGGACGAAAGUAGCGGGUCGCUGCGCAUACGCAUUUCUGGCAAGUGGUGUCAAGUAAUCUUGUACGAGAUCCCGCUGUUGUCGCUUAUUUCGGAGGCGUACUUCAAACAUGUCGAUACAGACUGGAACUACGAUGGACAGCUCGAGAGGAUCACAGAUAAGGGCAGAAGGCUAGUGGAGGCAGGGUGCAAAUUUGCAGAAUUUGGCACCCGUCGGCGCCGCGACUUCAAGACACAGGAUAUUGUCAUGUCCGGCUUAGUUGGCGUUGCAAAAGAUAGCCCGGGAAAGCUCACGGGAACUUCAAACGUGUAUCUUGCGCGCAAGUAUUGCGUGGUGCCUGUGGGGACAGUAGGUCACGAGUGGACCAUGGGGAUUGCCGCUCUGGAGGGAACUUACGAGAAUGGCAACAGCUUGGCGCUUAACAAAUGGUAUGAGACAUUCAAGGGUCAUCUUGGCAUUGCGCUGACAGACACGUUCGGCACCAAGGCAUUUUUCGCCAACUUUGGCCGCGAUCUGGCUACAAAGUAUGACGGCGUGCGGCAUGACUCUGGCGACCCAUUUUUAUUUACAGACGCUGUGUGCGCGCAUUACGCGUCACUCGGAAUUGACCUGUCCACAAAGGCCAUUGUGUUUUCCGAUGGGCUGUCGCCAGAAAUCGCUGCUGCGAUCAAAAAAUAUGCGGACAAGCGCGGCGUUAAAUCUGCGUACGGUAUUGGCACUAACUUUACUAACGACUUUGUCUGUGCCUCGGACCCGUCGAGGCCAAGUAAGGCUUCGAAUAUUGUGAUCAAGCUGUUCAAGUGCAACGAUAGCCACUGUGUGAAGCUUAGCGAUGUUGCCGCUAAGCAUACGGGGGACAUCUAUGAGGUCGAGCACGCUCAGUCAGAGCUUUUUCGCGCCGGCCUGCUUAAUAAUUCGCAGUAGCAAAACGACGUGAGUAUUAAAUUUUUUUGGAAGUGGAGAUGAGUGGAAAAACACAUUUGUUCUCAAGCUCACCGUCUUUGAUUUCUUCCUAAAGUAUAUUUCCCUCCUCCCCGCAUUUAAGUUAUUUUUUGUCGUAAACAACAUGCAUUUUUCACUCGUUGGUUUACCCACUGUACCUUCCAAUUGCUGGGCUGCCUGUCAUCGACAGCACAACCGUCAACUUUCUGGCCAUAUCAUUUAAUUAUAAUUCGUAAAAACCAGGGGGUUGAUGAAUUUGCCUAUGUGUGUUGUUCUCGUCCCCACUAACUUGCUACCGUCUCCACGAAUAAGACCUGCAAAUAUUUAACCCACCAUUUAAUAAAUUAUAUUAAAAUUGC